UCUUGCGUCAUUGUUACUUGUUUCACCUUAAUCAAAAUUAGGAAGCUCUAGAAGACUAGUGAUGUCGGACGAACAAAAGGAGCUCCUCGCUCGCAUCGGCCAACUAGCUGGCCAAAUCAAUCGCCACAAGAACCAGCGAUCAAGCACCGCUGCUGUACCAUCCCAGAAUCCAUACGGCACCAGGCACAGGAAUCAGACUUAUCGAUCGGCGCCGUAUUACGCAUCCUCUGGCCGCGGCGGCUAUCGAGCUGGUAGACCAACACCUCACCACCACCGAACCCUGAACCUGAAUCCCAAGGGAAAUUCGAACGGCACAUCUUCACCAGCUGCGAGCACAGACACGGAAAGCACUGGCUGGGUGUCGAAAACUGAUCGCCACAGGCAGCUGAUAAAUGCUAGCGUCUACGAGAAACAGUCGCAAUCUCGAACCAAAGCUAUCGAAGCAACAAGGCAAAGGAAGCUACAGAAGAAAUAUGCUGGAGAGAAGUCCAGAUUCAAUGCCUUCUUACAAACACAAAAUGUGACUGUAGCGUCUGUCAAUUCUGGAGCAGGAGCGAAUCUGGAAAUUUCGAUCGAAGACAUCAAAUUUAUCGUGCGCGAUGGAGGCAAAAAGCUGGUUCGCUCGUCUCGUGAGUUUGGUAACAAAUCAACGCGAAAACCCUGUGCUAGUUUUAAUUCCUUCGAAGAUAACCUAGAGAGUGCUCCCACUACCCCCAAGACGGCAAUUAUUGCCGGCGUUCGGUUUCACAGGACCAAGACAGGCAACUUGGUUGCCAACAGAGUUAUGAGAGAUCAUCGGUGCGUUUGCUUGCACUUCAGGCAAACAAUGCUAACAUUGGAAAGCCGAUAUGGUACUAUUAAGAAGACUGACGUGCUAUGCAAAACGUUUUCAACAACUGGUAAUUUACUCGCUAUAUGCACUCGCUGGCAUAUUGUCAUGCUAUCAGAGUUGUUCACCAGUCCCCUACGCCAACUGUUACUAACUUUGCGAUUUAGGUUCAUGUCCCAAAGGCCCUAGAUGUCGGUAUACCCACGACGCCAAGAAGGUUGCCCUCUGCAAAGAGUUCCUUCGAGAUGGCGAAUGUGUACAUGGCAAUGCUUGCGAUCUGUCGCACGACCUUAGCCCAGAGCGUCUGCCCAAUUGUGUUCACUUUGCUAAGGGUAACUGUGUAAAACCUGACUGUCCGUACACGCAUUCUGCGGCAGCGCCGAAUGCGCCAGUCUGUGAAGCAUUUGGCUUUCGUGGAUACUGUGAAAAGGGUGCCAGCUGCAGAGACCGUCAUGUGUUUGAAUGUCCUGACUUUAGCAAUACUGGAAAAUGCAGUACCAGGGGCUGUAAGCUGCUGCAUCGUGAGCGAGCAAGCAUGCUUCGAAAAGAAGAGCAAAGCCAAGAUGAGGAAAUGAAUGAUAUUUCGAGUGACGAUGACACUGCCGAUUCCGACGAUGUGGAUUCAGACGCCGUCGCAGAAUUCAUGGGCCCAGAUUCGGACGACUCGGAUGUCGAGACUGGCCAGGACUUUAUUGCAAUGUAGGCUGCUAACCUUUAGACCCAAAUGUUCUCCCACAGAUAAGCCUAUAUUCUGCCAUGACGCGUUGCACAGCGUGUAACACGCACGCUGAAGCUAGUCCAUGCGAUGCUGAGCGACGACUCUGGGUGGAUUGCGACUGUUUUUGAUACUCCAAGUAACUAUUGGUGAAGAUACGGUGGAUGAAGACCUCAAGACCAAAUGCUGGCAGAAGCGUUACAAACAGAUACCCUGGUCCUUAAUGGAGGAUUAUCCCAGAAUAAUAUGCGAUGAUAAAUAAAUAGAGAAGAAUAAAUUUUUGUAUCAAGUUGGCCGUCUUGAACCGUUUGACUCA